CCGGAUUUACCUUAGCUAUGUAGCAUUCAGUGAAAUUGGCGGAAAUUAAAUCCUCCUCUAGCUUUCUAAUUAUUUUCCUCAUGAGAGAAUUGAAACGAGCAGCAAGGUCAAGCCUCAGGCCCUGAGGGGGAGAUGACAAAGGAGGAUGUUUCACAGCCUGUCGAGGGGGACACUGUCCUGGGCUGCCACACUAGAGUCUCUUCCCAUCAGCGGCCGGUUAUCCACCAGGUGGCCUCUGCACCCAUGCCCAGUGAUUGUGAAUUCUCCUUCUUUGACCCCAGUGAGCCCCAGUGCAGGGAGGUUCUUCUAGAUCCCAGCACGACCAUACCAGAGCUGUUUGCUGUCCUCAGACAGUGGGUCCCCCAGGUCCAGAAGAACAUCGACCUCAUUGGCAAUGAGAUCCUAAAGAGAGGCUGCGGUGUGAAUGAUCGAGAUGGCCUGACAGAUAUGAGCCUACUGCACUACUGCUGCAAGGCCGGGGCCCCGGGCAUCGGUGAUGCAGAAACAGCAGCCAGUUUUGCCCACCAGCUUCUUGCACUGGGUGCUGAUCCUAACCUUCGCUCACGCUGGACUAACAUGAGGGCCCUGCACUACGCUGCUUACUUCGAUGUGCCCCAGCUUAUCCGGGUGGUGUUGCAGGCCUCCCAGCCUGGAGAGGUAGAUGCAACCUGUAGUGAUUUCGACUUCGGCACUGCCCUGCACAUCGCGGCUUCCAACCUGUGCACAUCGGCUGUGAAGUGUCUCUUGGAGCUGGGAGCCAACCCUGCUUUCAGAAAUGAAAAAGGGCAGUGCCCAGCAGACGUGGUGCCUGACCCCCUCGACAUGCCCUUGGAGAUGGCAGAUGCAGCCCUCAUGGCCAAAGAGCUCCGGACUUUGCUGAGAGAGGCUUUGCCCCGGCCCAGCUCCCCCCUGCCCCUUACAUUGCAAGCCCAGUCCCCUCCUGCUCUCUCCGAUAAGGCCAGGAUACAGCUGGCCACCAUGGGAGUCCGACUAGGUGACCGCGUGGUGAUAGCUGGACAGAAGGUAGGAACCUUGCGAUUCUGCGGCAGCACUGAGUUCUCUGGGGGCCUCUGGGCUGGAGUGGAGCUUGACAAACCAGAGGGGAAGAAUGAUGGCUCAGUAGCAGGGGUUCAGUAUUUCACCUGUCGAAUCAAACAUGGAAUCUUUGCUCCUCUCUCCAAGAUAAGCAAGCCUUUGGAAAGACAUAAAACCAGUAGCACAAAGACGUCUACACCCAUACGCCCACCUCGUCGCAUCGACCUGUCCCGCAUCACUUCCAAGAUUAACACAGGUGUCCUCUCCCGCUCUCUCUCCUCUUCGUCCUCUUCGCUGGACUCUCGGCAUGGACCAGGUGCUCGACCUCGUCCACUGCCAAGGCAACGUCUUCCUGCCAGACAGCGACGGGAACGUGUUUCUCUGAGUCCCAGGACGACACCCUCUCCAGCCCUCCGCUCUUCUCCUUGUACCACCUCACUCACUCCUGGAGGUCCUCGAAGCCGAACCCCCUCAGCUAGUAGCUCUGUGUGUGAGGGCCCCGAGGUGCGCCUGGGGGAGAGGGUGCUGGUUGUAGGCCAGAGAACUGGUGUAGUCCAAUUCUGUGGAAAGACCAGCUUUGCUCCAGGGCUCUGGUUGGGCAUCGAAUUAGACAAACCAAGUGGUAAGAAUGAUGGAUCAGUGGGAGGCGUGAGGUACUUCAGCUGUCCACCAAAACAUGGAGUCUUUGCUCCUCCGUCUCGUGUUCAGAGGAUCCAUGGAUCUGUCGAUUGCCUCUCAGAGCUCUCCUCCUCACGUCUCAGUCAUCCUUUCAGCGGAACCAUCCGUCGCAGUUUCAGCACAUCAUCAGCCAUCGCCACCCCGAAGGAGACGAGCAGAAGAAGCCCCGUUGCCAGAAGUCAGUCCAACCCUCACCGCCGGCGCUGGAGCACUCUCAGCGGUGGUAGCGGCAGUGUUCCGGGGAGCACGGCAGGAUCCAGCCCCUCGCCCAGCUCUGACGGCCAGGUGCGCCUCCACGUGGGCAUGCAGGUCCUGCUGAGCAGUGCCAACGAGAUGGCGUUCAUCCGUUACCUGGGCACGGCAGACUUUGCCCCAGGCCUUUGGCUGGGUCUGGAGCUCCGAGGCCCAAAGGGCAAGAACGACGGCUCUGUUGGCGGCCGCCGCUACUUCACCUGCCGCCCCGGCCACGGCGUGCUUGUCCGUCCCAGCCGCGUCACCUACCACGGCAUCAACGGUUCACGCUUAGUGAACGAAAACAGUUGAGAAUGGCCGGAAACGGAGUAACAGAGCGGGACGUGUAGGGAGGGUUCUACAACAGACGCAUUAGAUGUUUUGACUCUCUGUUUAUGAGCUACUUGAAGCAAAAGUUUUGAGUUUAAAAGUCUCUUUUUUUUUUUUCCUGCUCAUGCACAUAGUCUGUUCUCUGUACUCCUCCAGAUGUGGUGUGGGUUACAGUGGUAAAACCAGUUAUUAAUAGUUCAAAUUUAAACUAUUAGAUUAGUUCUUGGGAAAAUGUAGGCGGCUAAGAAAGCACUUUAUUAAAUUAACUUAAAAUUCUCAUUAGAAUUUGUCUUGGCAGGAUGGGGAGGGGGUCUUAAUAAGACAUAAAACACUGCACUACUUUUAAUCUGAUUGCACUGACAAACAUCAGUAUGAUAGAUCAGUAUAUGAAAAAAGCGGAUGGUAUGGAUGUGAAUACAUGAAAACCUAUUUCUAUACGCAAAGCUAAAUUUGAUCACAUCAAGUAGAGAUUUUUAUCAGAUAAUUUAGGUGAUGUAGCCUACUCUCUAACCAAAAGCGUGCAUGUGUUUAUGUGCGUGUAUGCGUGCAUGUGUGUAUUAAUUAAGAGCACUUUGAAACAAGAGUGAUGGAUUUUUCCAGGGUCGUCAUAUGGCUUACAGAUAAUUGAUGGAAGUUGAGUCAAAACUGGAUUUUCAUCUUAUGAAUCAAUGUGAGCUAAGCCCUCUAUUAGCCUCUAUCAGAAUAAAACCACAUCAACAGAGGCGGUUUCUUCCUACUUAGUGUACAUCAAUAUCUGCCACAAACUGUCUGUUAACUCAACGCAGAUAAAUGACGGUUGUAUUGUCCUGUGGGGCUGCAAAAAUACUUAUUGCCCCUUCGGCUAUGAUUCUUUUGUGCUUCGGCAGGCUGGUAACAUUGUUGAGGCAGUGGUGUCAUUUAUAUCAAAGUCGAAUCUCAAAUUGAAGAUAUCUAUCUGUGAAGUAUAUUAGGUUCAGGUGGGAAAAUGCCUCAUUUUAAACCUGAUUUGUGUCCAGGUGGAGUUUUCAAACCUCUCUGAGCUGUCACAAUUUUAUCACGUAGAGACAUCUAAAUGUGAUAACUUUAUUUUGAAGUGUGUAAUCUACAAAUCUCAGUUGUUAAAACUGUAAGAUUUCAGAGACUUUCAACAAUUUCAAAGUCCUAUAGAGAGUUCCCAGCUGUAGUCUCAGACCAAACAGCUCCUCAGUACAGUGUGGUAUCAUUACAUUUGUUGAAGACCAUAUUUCAGAGCACUGGAUGUGGCUUAAUAGCAUUUGACGCUUAAUUAUAGCAGCUUGACACAGGAAAUAUGCAAUCAUCCAGAAGUUUCAAGGAUAGAGUUUGCUGUUUGAUUGGAUCCGUGAAUGAGGGCAACUCAGAAGAGAACAAGCCAUCGAUUGUGCAUGUGGAAAACAAGCCCUUUAUUCAGUAAAACACUCAUGUAUCAUCCAUUUGAGGCGUGUAGGCCACAACAGUAGCUGGAGAAUCUCCAAUGGUGUUCUCUCAUUGAUCUGUCUGGUGUGAUUGAAAAGCAGUAGUGGUCAGAACCCAAGGUUGUCUGAAAUAUCUGCCAGUGUUUUAAAAGCUCAGUAUUUCCAAAAUCCUACUAAAACAUUUUAAUCAACACUUUCCUUUUUGAAUAUAGCUUCUCAUUUGCAUAAAGGCUAUCUCUGUGAUAAGUUCUGUGGCAUUUCUUUCCACAUUUCAAGUCUCAUCUAUAGAUAUAUACUCUCAUAUUUCGUGUAUCUGCAAUCCCAGUUGUAUUAACAGCAUGAGUGAUUUCAAAUUCCACUGACGGGUAUGAAAGUCUUUUGGCGCUAUGUCCUUGUGGGGAAUAUUUUAUUUCUUUUUAAUGAAAUUCAUGAUGUGUAUAUUUGAAGUGAGAGUGUGUGAGAGAGGGAUUUGAUGUGAUGCAUUUACAUGUUGUGCAAAAUAACGGUAUUUGUAAAAAAGAAAAUAAAAGACUCUAUUCUAAUUUGA